CCCACGCCCAUUUCCCAAACUUCCCACGUUACCACAUUCUCCAAACUACUCUUUAUGUCUCUCUCUCUCUCUCUAAACUUCCCCCAAUCUUCAUUCUCUCUUCGAACCCAACCAAAUCUAAACCCAAAAACAAUGGAGAACUCCACCGCUUCAUCAUCAAUCUCAGAUCCCACCAUCGCUGAUAUCUCCGACCGCCAAACAAAUCCCUAGAACCACCCCUUCUUUUGUCGCCGAUACCCCAUCUCCUCCUCCGACGUCUCCAUCGUCAAAUGCUUCCUCCGCCGUCCUUAGACCUCGGAGAUCGUGCCGCCCUCGAUUUUGCAGGACAAGUUCGCCGGUAGGUUCUAUUCCCCUUUUUCUUUCUCACCCGUUUAUGUAGGUUAAGAAGCUGUCCUUUUGUAGCGCUUUUGACGGAAUUUUUUCUUAAAUUUAUGUUAUUGAUCGUUGACAAAUCUUGCUACUCUUCUUUGGGCGGUGAGGUUACCGCUGCUAAAAAAAAUUAUGUUAUUGAUCGUUGACAAAGCUUGCUACUCUUCUUUGGGCGGUGAGGUUACCGCUGCUAGAGAUGGGGGGGAGCUGCUAGAGAUAGGAUAUUUUGGUCGGGGUUUCUUGAUACUGCUAACUUCAGCUUCUUGCAAGCUUGAGGCUUCGCUCAAUUUUUGAAGAUGCCUUUGCCUGGAGCCGUACCCGGAGGCGAAUUCGGAGUUCUUGAGGGCUAAUGGGAUUAGAUUGUUCCAGUUUGGGAUGACGAGUGUAAGGGAUUGAAGAUUAAUUACGUCAGAGAUGAUGAUGGAUGGAUCGAAUCGGAGUGUCAACUCGGUUCAUCACAGUUAUGAAACGGUUGAUCUUGCCAUUGAAGAUAUUGAACAAAAGCAACCGCAUGGUCGAAGAGCAGCCCAGGAUCGGUGCUAAAUCAUUCUCGUGUACGCGGGACGGGAGAGACAGCGAGAAUCAUUCUCGUGAACGUACGCGAGAAUUAUUCUCAGCUCCCUCCCCAAAUUCUCCCCGAACCCUAAACCCUACCUCUCUCAUGGAUCUCACCGAUGACAGCUCUCGCCAUUUCCUCCUCUCGAGCUUCCUCUUCUCCUCCUCCCCCGCCAGAUCCGUCGUCUUCGAAUCGCUCCUCAGGCCAAGCCCUGGGUCUCCAAUCGAACCUCCUCCUCCUCCUCGGUCUUCAAAUGGUGGAGAUUCGUUUCUGAAGGAAUCGACGAGCGAGAAGGGGAAGAUCGAGCUGUACUCGCCAUUGUACUACGCUGCUUGCACAGUGGGAGGGAUCGCUAGCUGUGGCCUCACUCACACGGGUGUCACUCCUCUCGAUCUCGUCAAGUGUAAUAUGCAGAUUGAUCCAACAAAAUAUAAGAGCAUAUUGUCAGGGUUUGGAGUCUUGCUAAAAGAGCAAGGGUUGAAAGGUUUCUUUAGAGGCUGGGUACCAACUCUUUUAGGCUAUAGUGCUCAGGGUGCUUUCAAGUUUGGGUUUUAUGAAUUCUUCAAAAAGCUCUACUCUGACAUUGCUGGGCAAGAAUAUUCAUCCAAGUAUAAAACCCUCAUCUACCUCGCGGGGUCUGCUUCUGCUGAAGUGAUUGCCGAUGUUGCUCUUUGCCCUAUGGAGGCAAUUAAGGUUCGUGUGCAGACACAACCAGGGUUUGCUAGGGGUUUGAGCGAUGGGUUCCCAAGAAUCAUCAAUUCUGAAGGUGCUUUAGGAUAUUGUAGGUUGUACAAAGGGCUGGUUCCACUUUGGGGACGUCAGAUUCCUUUUCAUGUGGUACCAAUGGAGAUGGUGGAACAAGGACUUUCUGCUGUACUACAUGAUGAUGAUACAAUGAUGAAAUUUGCAUGUUUUGAGACCAUUGUUGAUGCAUUGUAUAAAUAUGUCCUUCCCACACGGAAGGAUAAGUGCAGCAAACCCCUUCAACUAGCAGUAAGCUUUGCCGGUGGUUAUGUAGCUGGAGUGUUCUGUGCCGUUGUCUCUCACCCAGCUGAUAAUCUUGUCUCUUUCCUCAACAACUCUAAGGGUGCAACUGUCAGUGAUGCUGUGAUGAAACUUGGGUUGUGGGGUCUUUUCUCUCGGGGUCUUACGCUUCGUAUACUUAUGAUUGGUACCCUAACUGGUGCACAAUGGGGUAUCUAUGAUGCUUUCAAAGUUCUUGUUGGCCUGCCAACAACUGGUGGUGUUGCUUCUGGUGCGGCUACUGCGUCAGGAAGAAACAAGGCUGAUUAGUUGUUACAUUGUUUCUGGAAAUUUAACACCAAUCUUAUUACCUCAAUUCCGGUCAGCAUUAUUGAAGCCAAUUUGGCUCAUUUUUUGAAUCUGUCACCUUGUUCUCCUAUCUGAUGAAUGUAAUCCUAGUGCUUCGGCAUCCAUGACAUGAGAUGAAGUUUUUGUGUCCCCAUUUUAGUGCUUCGGUUGAAAGAGGACGUGACAAUAAUUCCGGAAACAGCGUCGUUCGUUGAUUGUAAUAAAAAAUAAAAAAUUUGUUUUGCUGUAAUUGGAAUUCUUUGUUAUUGUUAAUAAGCUAUUUUUGUGAACAAGCUA